GUACUGGAGACUGAAAGACACACCGUCAAACUCAGAGCCUAGAUGACACACUUGUCCUAGAAUUACUACAGGCUUGUUUUUUUUGCCCAUCAUAUACUGGACAUCCGAAAGAGCUGGAGGAGACCUAAUUAAUUGAUCGUUUUUUUAGGUUUUGCCGUUUGUUUCGACCGAGAGUUGACCAGUGGAUAAGCGGCGAUGUCUCACUACAUCCAUUUUUUUUAGUGGCAUGCGUGUCUUGUAGGACAGUAUCGCCUACACCACAUCAUUUAGACGCCUCAUCCUGAAGUACAGACAUCGUCGUGUUCUUUUCAGCACAUGCGUCACUUUGAAGACCACGGAGACGCACGGUUGAUUGUUUUCUCAUUGGAGGCAAUCUGUUUAGCGUUUGGUUUCUUCAUUUGGUUAGGUCAUAUUAUUGUGUAUAGUGGACUGGCCCGCGGACUGGCUUGCGCGAGGACGUCUGGGUAUCCACCGCCGCCGCCCGCUGCUCUGGACGCUACCUCCCCGGUGGGAACGUUACGCGCGCCGGGAGAAAUCCGUGGUGACAUCUGAUCGACUGCUGGUUUGAAUGCGUUGACCUGGGGACUCCGAUUCGAAGGGAACCACAUAGUCGGACGAAACAGUCGAUCCUGGUUCGUCCUGUGCUGUUGAUUUGUUGUCGAAUCAAAUAGAGAGAGAGGGAGAGAGGGAGGUGAUCCACGUUAUCACUGUGGGUGCAUAUCCAAAGUCAUGGUACACUGCGCUGGGUGCGAGAGGCCUAUUCUGGACCGGUUUCUCCUCAAUGUUUUGGACAGAGCGUGGCACGUCAAGUGCGUUCAGUGCUGCGAAUGUAAAUGCAACUUGACUGAGAAAUGCUUUUCCCGAGAGGGAAAACUGUACUGCAAAAACGACUUCUUUAGAAGGUUUGGCACAAAGUGCGCUGGGUGUUCCCAAGGCAUCUCACCUAACGACCUGGUCCGGAGGGCGAGGAGCAAAGUGUUUCACCUCAACUGUUUCACCUGCAUGAUGUGCAAUAAGCAGCUAUCAACCGGAGAAGAGCUCUACAUUAUAGAUGAAAACAAAUUCGUUUGUAAGGAAGAUUACCUAAACAACGCGAGCGUUAAAGACACCAACCUUCUCUCAGUAACGGCCUGCAGCGAUCCGAGUCUAUCGCCGGAUUCUCAAGAUCAGUUACAGGACGACGUCAAUCUAAAGGACUCAGAAAUAGCAGCUUUGUCUGACAAAGAAACGGGUAAUAACGAAAACGACGACCAGAACCUCGGCGGUAAGCGACGCGGACCUCGGACCACCAUCAAGGCCAAGCAGCUGGAGACACUGAAGGCGGCGUUCGCGGCUACGCCGAAGCCCACCCGACACAUCAGGGAGCAGCUGGCCCAGGAGACGGGGCUGAACAUGAGGGUCAUUCAGGUAUGGUUCCAGAACAGGCGCUCCAAAGAGAGGCGCAUGAAGCAGCUGAGCGCGCUGGGCGCGAGGAGACACGCGUUCUUCAGGAGCCCGAGGCGUAUGAGGACGUUAGUGGACAGGCUCGAGCCCGGCGAGCUCAUUCCGAACGGCCCCUUCUCUUAUUACGGAGAUUAUCAAAGCGAGUACUACGGGCCAGGAGGAAACUACGACUUCUUCCCUCAAGGGCCCCCGUCGUCCCAGGCCCAGACCCCGGUGGACCUCGCCUUCGUGCCCUCCUCGGGCCCCACGGGGACCCCACUGGGGGGCAUGGAGCACCCCCUUCCCGGACACCACCCCUCCAGUGAGGUGCAGCGCUUCUCGGACAUCAUGUCCCACCACCCCGGGGACUCCCCCAGCCCGGAGCCCGGCAUCCCGGGGGCCAUGCACGGCCUCUCCUCCGAGGUGUUCGGCCCCAGCCCCCCCUUCACCUCGCUCUCGCUCAACGGCAGCGGAUACAACAGCCACCUGUCCCACGCGCCCUCAGAAAUGAACGAGGGCACGGUGUGGUAGCUCCCGGGGGGCCGGAGGGGCCGCUGGGGCCCGCGGAGCAGGGACUCACCAGAGAACACAGGGAGCGCGUCCAGGACACGGGGCAUCGGGGCCGAGUGAGGGAGGCAAAUGUAUCAGUUUGUUUUGGUUUUGUUUCGGCGAGUAGGAAGGUGUCAUUUGGUAUUUAUUUAUUUAUUUUUUGUGAAUUCACUUGGGGGUUUUAUGUGGCAGAGUAUGGCAUUAACACCGGAUGGAUGGUCUGAAUACGUUUUUUAUUUUUAUUUUUUGGUAUUGUGUCUAAUGUCUGGAUAGCAUAUAUAUUUAUUUUUUAUUUUCUUCUCUUCGAAUCCCCAAAUUGAUUGAUAGGGGGGGGGGGCAGGCGUGUCCUGAGAGCCGGGACCCUUCAUGACCUCUGUCAGCAGCCCAGUGUAGCAACCCAACCUCAAACACUCAACACUGGGAAGAAAAAUACAACCUUUUCAAAUCUCCCUAGUAUGUUGUGAACAUGAAAACAUCAUUAGCUACUGUCAACGACUCGGGCAGCUUUACCAGAGAGAGAGAGAGAGAGAGCGAGGACAGAGGGCUGCUUGGGGUCUGACCUGGCACUGGAGGAGAGCAGAGCAGCCUCCAGACUGCUCACGGCAACGUGUCCCCUGCACUCAGAAGCCCGUCAGACCUCUUUGCCUUUAAAGGCUCUGCCAUAUUGACACUUCAAACAACCUUUUGACACUAUGUAUGUUUCUGACAGCCCAAGGAAGUUACGUUAUUCCUGUGUUAUUGGUUCCUUUUCCUGUGUUUUUGUUUCUAAAUAUCACCAAAUCCGAGGAUGGCUGCCUUUAAAAGGCAAACAGUGAAAACACUCGACGGAUUGCAAGCCCUUUAUUAAAAUGGAUACAAACUUGAAGCGUUGAUGAAAUGAAGUCUACCUUCUAAAAAUCUUUUACCAAGGGUUCUGAAUAAGGACUUAGAGCAGUCAAUUGUUUACGUAAUUUAAUUCAGGAGUCCAAAAGUCUAGAACCACAUUUUAGAACCUCUGGAUUCAGAUAAAAAUGUUCCAAGCAACUAACCAAACUUUUUUUAUCCAAUUUAAUUUAUAUAUGGAGACAAAACAACAACAAAGAAGAAAAAAAGAAGAAUACAGUUUGCUGGGGUUGUGGUUCACUGUGCUAGUUUGUACAAGAUGUUGUUUACAAAAAAUGGAAAAAAUAAAUAAAAACAUAAGUAAGUAGACAGUUGCCAAAUAUAAAAAAAGAAUAGCACAAAUACUGAUAAAGUGCUUUGCACCAUCAUUUGCAGAACGUGUUGAGAGAAAAAUUAGGUGUUAUAAGGAGUAACUGACUUCUUAUUUUUUUUAGGCUGCUGACAAAGCAUUCAUAAAAUUGUUAAUAUGACAUAAUUAGACAGGUUUUAUUUUUGUGUCUUUAAAGGGAAAAAAAUCCAAUCUAUUGAAAUCGAUGGUCAAAUAUGCAGCUUGUAGCUGCUACAUCUCUUUGAAUAUCAAGCCCUCAUGGUAUGUCUUUUAUUGUUCCAAUAAACCUACGCUUAUGUGACCUCCAGUGCAUAUUAGACCAUUCACUGUAUAAAUACGAUAUGUUCAACAAAAUGUGUUUCUAAUAAAACUAGACAAUAUACAUUUGAA